GAAAGGCGGAGUAAUUACCGCUUCGAGCAGUAGAAAUGUCCCUCGUCGGACACCGUCCCCCGUAGUAGACGCAUGGCCCCUGGGAUCAUACUGAAGGUGACAGGUGGGAAAAUGCCGGCAGCUCUGAGUUUGUUAUCGGUCACCGUGCUCGCUGACACCGGUGUCGGAGAGAAAGAAGAGUCUGCUCCGUUAAACCGAGACGAGCUGUCCUUGUACGCCGCACCUCCUGCUCUCAAAGUCCGGUACGCGGAGCAUGAAGCCGGUCAGUUGGAGCAAAGUGUCGCCACCAUCCGGAGGGCAGUGGAGCCGUACACGACUUGGUGUCAGAGCGCCUAUGCCAAAAUUAAACCCAAGGUUCAAGGGGUCGUGCAACUUGGGAAUGACUCCUAUGAGUAUUUGAAGGAUCCACCCAAGGACUUCUACCCCCGGGCAGGAGUCAUCGCCUUCACCGGUGUGUUGGGGCUGGUUCUGGCCAGAGGCUCCAGGAUUAAGAAGCUCAUCUACCCUACGGGGCUGUUGACCGUCAGCACCUCCCUCUACUACCCCGAGCAGGCUGCAGCGAUCGCAAAGUCAACCGGGGACUCCGUCUACGACUCGGCGGUGCGCAGCUUCGCCAGCGUGGAGAAGAUGGUGAAGACCGGGGGCAAAACUGAGGCAAAGUCCACCGACUCAGAGACGAAACCUUGAUGAUAUCUGCACCAGCUCAACAAGAACAAAUCAGCUUUUUUUUCUUUAUUUUUCUUCCGUCCAAAUACUGUAGAUCAGGGGGGUCAAACUUGCGGCCCGCGGGCCAGAACCAGCCCGCCGAUGAGUCCAAUCAGGCCCACUUUCCUUCCAUCUUUCCUUUCUUCCUUCUAUCUUUCCUUACUGUCUUCUCUUCCUUCCACCUUUCCUUACUGUCUUCUCUUCCUUCCACCUUUCAUUACUGUCUUCUCUUCCUUCCACCUUUCCUUACUGUCUUCUUCUUUCCAUCUUGUUAAUGGGCCCACAUCAGAUCAUAUUGGGCUGUAUUAUAUAUAAGUGGCCGUUGAAUGAUGAGUUUGACCCUCCUGCUGUAGAUUGAUUGACACAUGAAACCUUCACAGCCUGCCUGAUCUGUGUGACUUUCUCAUGCCCACUCUUUGCACUAAAAAAAAAGCUUCUAAUAUUGUAAACUCAGGCCGGGCAUGGCCUGUCACAAAAAAAGCUGCAACUUGAAUAAUUUACCUCUGCUUCUGAUUUGAAUGUAUAUUUAUGUAGAGAAUUAAUAAAAGAUUAUAACAUUGUCUUACA